AUUCUCCCUCUGAUGUUGGGAAGGCUUCCCCCUCUGCCUCCCUCUCCGACCUUCACCCCUGUAGAGGAGGAGGAGAAGACUGGUAACCCUGUAGAGAAGGAGAGGAGAGAACCAUCAUCAGUUCCAGAGACUGGUGAAGCGGUGCUCCAAGGAGAAGAGAUGCACAAGGAGGGGCGAGCAGAGAUGCUCCAAGGAGAAGAGAUGCACAAGGAGGGGCGAGCAGAGAGCACUUUUCUGGAUACUGAGAGCCCAUUUAAAAAGCACGCUCCCAUCAAGACCUCCAGCCCCAUGAUGCGGCAGGAGGGGGAUGAGGACAAGGACAGAACAGCCUCUCCAUUGCUCUUGACCUGUGAUGAGGAUGAUGAUGAAGAUGACCACGGCCCUGUAAAGCAGCCUAUCACUGCCCUGACACCACAGUGCAACAGACAGGCAGCAGACGGGAAGUUGACUCUGUCCCUUUGCAGCAUAGAGACAGAGCCAGAAGAGCCUCCCCAAACAAGCCUGUGUCCAGCAGUAGAACCCAAAGAACAACCAGUAACAGGGAAGAAGAGUCUGGCCCGACCUUCAGAGAUGAAGAGUCUGGCCCGACCUUCAGAGAUGAAGAGUCUGGCCCGACCUUCAGAGAAGAAGAGUCUGGCCCGACCUUCAGAGAAGAAGAGUCUGGCCCGACCUUCAGAGAAGAAGAGUCUGGCCCGACCUUCAGAGAAAGAAGAGUCUGGCCCAGCCACCAGAGAAGAAGAGUCUAGAGAAGAAGAGUCUGGCCCAGCCACCAGAGAAGAAGAGUCUGGCCCAGCCACCAGAGAAGAAGAGUCUGGGCCCAGCCACCAGAGAAGAAGA